CUGCUGCGCCCUCUCGCCCGCCGGUUUGCGUCGGUCAGGUGAAGAGGAGAGAAGAGCUGAGGGAGGCCGCUGCUACCGCCGCCUCGUCGUCGACCGAAGAAGCCCUCGGCGUCAUGGCUCCUCGCCUCCUUCGGGUCUCCCUUCGCUGCGGCUUCGCUCUCUUCGUCCUGGUUCUUUUUCAGACCAAUGCUUUGGAUGUAGAGGUGAAAGAUGAUGAUAAUGUUACAUGUCUGUUUGCACAAUGGAAGAUGAACAUCUCAAUAAAAUAUGAAACUGAAGGGAAUGAAUAUAAAAAUGUAGCUUUUAUGCUCCCCACAGAAGUGAGGUAUGAUGGAAGCACUUGUGGCAAUGAAACAUAUGGCCCAAUAUUAGCUUUGGAGUUUGAAGAAGGCCAUUCGUGGGUUAUCAGCUUCACUAAAACAUCAAACACCUACCAAGGAAUAAUUUCCUUUACCUAUAAUACCAAUGAUACUAAGCUAUUUCCAGAUGCCAAAAGGAAAGGACCAAUUACCAUUGCUGUAAAGUAUCCUGUGCAGCCAGUUAAACUAUAUACAGUUUUCAGUUGUCAUGAUAUGGAGUCUGUUGAAUCUGACAAUAUUACGCAAGAGAUCUGGAAUGUCACUCUGCAGACGUUUCUUGAGGAUGGCUCCUUAAGUAGCAAGAAGACUAUAUGUGAUAUAGAUACUAUGCCUACCACCACCACCACUACCACCACCACGUCAACGACUACCACCACACAAGUAACUACAAAUACCACCACUGUGCCUACGACCACUACAGUUACAUUCCCUCCUUUACCCACCCUUCAGCCAAUAGAAAGGCCUGCCACAGGAAGUUAUUCUCUUACCAAUAAUACUGUAGUCUGUCUUCUGGCAACCAUGGCUCUGCAGCUGAACAUCUCUCAAAAGGUUCCUCUGGUAAUCAACUACAAUCCAAACACCACUGUCGCUAGUGGUAGCUGUGGCAGUUCAGUUUCUGUACUCACAUUGACUGAUGGCAGCUGCAGGGUUGAAUUUGUCUUUGCUGUUAAAAACACAAGUGCUGAAACAUUUUUUCUGAGAGAAGUGAACAUCACUAUUAUUGAAUCUCGGAAUGCGACACUUAGUGCUGCAAAUCGAAGUCUCAAUUAUUGGGAAGCAUCUCUUGGCAGUUCAUAUAUGUGCCAAAAAGAGGAAACUCUCAUAGUGACUCCUGGAUAUAAAAUGAAUAUCUUCGACUUAAAGAUUCAGCCUUUUGAUGUAAAAGACAACCAGUAUGCUGCAGCUGAAGAGUGUAAGAGUUCUGACCUGCUCUUUAUCAUCCCCAUCGUGGUGGGUGUGCUGGUUGGCCUCCUUCUCAUUGUUGGGUUUGUCUUUUACAUGAUUGGAAGACGGAAAAAGAGCAGUGGCUACCAAGCUGUAUAACCCUUUCUCUGUUGCUGCUUCUGCUGCUCAUUUUUUCUAUUUGUUUUGCUUUUUCCUGCCUCUUAACAGACACUUUGAGUUCAUAAUUUUCCAAGAGUAAAAAAGGAAAGAAGGGAAGCAGGGUAGAUGUAUAUGUUCAUAUGAUUGGGCGAGCAAAAGGUUGACCGAGGCAGUCAUCUGCUUCAGACUUUUGAUAAAGUUGCUUUUUGAAAAUGUAUUUUCCCCCUGAAGAAAGAAGCAUUGGAAAGAAUUCUCCUUGCACCAACCUGCCCUUCCAGCUUCCAUGCCUAGAGCCAUCCCCAGCUAUUGUGGCAGUGUGAAGCAAAUAAAAGAAGAGCUUAUGAGGCUGUAACGAAAGCAUAAAUGUUUUAAAACUAUUGGGAAAUGGCACAAAACUGCAGUAUGACUUUGCUUGUUCAAAGCAGAUAUUAACUAUUGUUUGCUAGACUGUUUAUAAUUUGACAAGGAUUGCACUCUGGAGAGCUUUGGACUUAAAUAUCUGGAACAAGAUCCCUUCCCUCUUUUCUCUAAAUAGGAGUUUUGCAACCUAUUGGAAUUUCAGUGCAAUGUAUGGUGGGAUUGGGGGAAUGGAGUGUCUAAUCUCCUGUUUUAAGAAAAAAAUAAUACCAAUAGCACCACUGGACAGGUGUAAUACUAUUUCCCCACUGCUACCUCUUGCAAUGUAUAAACUUAGGUAUGGGUCUUAAAUUGCUAAUAGCUGUCUAUUGCAGAUAGAACUUUUUAUGUGUAAUGGGCAUUUGAAAUUCAUCCAGGUCACUAACUCAGGCCAGAUGGAGCAGGUAAAUCCCGCUGAGAUGAGUAAUUCAAGAACAUGUGUCUAGAUUUGAGUCUUUAUGGUAAAAGGCCCAUUAAACAUGGGGUAUUGGUCAAACAUACUCCUGAAGUAUUUAUGUUGCAUAACUAAAGUGGUCCCAUCACAAAUAUCUUCAUAGGCAUCAUGUAGAACUGGAUGUUCUGUUCACAUACAAGCAUAAUUAUUCAUCCAACUAUGCAUUAUUAUUAUUAUUAUUAUUAUUAUUAUUCAUGCUGAGUCCCUUAUCCAGAAUUUCAAAAUCUGAAAUAUUCCAAAAUUGACCACAUAGGUGGUUGAGAUAGUGACACCUGUGCUUUCUGGUGGUUCAGUGUGCACAAACUUUGUUUCAUGUACAAAAUUAUUUAAAACAGCAUGUAUAAAAUUACUGUUCACAAUUUGACAAAGAUUCAAAGCAUGAAGCACUCAUGGGAGCUUUGGAUUUAAAUAUCUGGAACAAGAUCCCUUCCCCUUCUUCUAUGAAUAGGAAACAGGUUUUGGAAUGUAUACGAAAGAUAAAUGAAUUUCAUGUAUAGACUCCAAGAUACCUCAUUAUGCAUAUGCAAAUAUUCCAAAAUCCAAAAUACUGAAAUUGAAAACAAUUUUGGUCCCAAGCACUUUGGGUAAGGGAGACUCAACCUGUAUGUCUUCCAACUGUGAAGGUGGAUCCAAGUGGCUCUAUCCUGGCCAGCUCCUCAUGAAGGAAUAGUGUACUUUCCCUUCCAGAGGAAUAGUCAGAUGAAAAAACUGAGGGGAAGGACUGACUGACUGACUGUCCCUUGCUAGGUUUCUGUGCUGUGACGUUCAUCAUGUGUCUGUCUUCCUGCAUUGUGUGUGUUGCAGUCACACACAUACACACACAGUAAUUCAGUCUUAUUUUGCUCAAAUAAUCAAAGGCAAUGGGAUGGGAUGCAAAAGUUCCAUGAGCCAGUUUGCUGUAAUGGAGUGUUGGACUAGGGAGAUCUGGGUUCUGACUUUGGGGCUGACCUACCUCAUAGGGUUGUUGUGAGGAUAAAGGGAAGGCAUAGGUGGAAUGUAACAAAUAAACUGUUACCUUGGCCCGUAAACCCCCAUUGCAUCUUCUCAAAGGUUCUUGUCACUCUAGGCAUAAGGGGACUAAGACAGAACUACAGUGACAGAUGGAACUAAGAAAGCUGUGACAAUUACAUGGAGAAUGCAUGAUCUUGCAUGCAAAGACAGUGGUGAUUCAGCUUUCAUUUUAACACAUACCUGCAUUGCUUUUCUCAGGUGCAACCGCUGCAUAAACAGUUCUGAGUUUGAAAGCUGGGUGUUGGUGGGAGGAGUGUUACUUUUAAGCCAUGCUUCCUAAUCAUCACUUUGGUUUCAGCUUUUUCACUCAUCGGGGGAAAUUGGAAGCAUCCAAGAAAUGCUAUUAAACAGGUUUGAUUUUUGUCUUGGAAAACACUCUGUCUUUUAUUAGUACUAGGUUGUAGUACUUGCCUGUUUCCCUGCACUUUUUGAAUCACUGUUCUGUCAGAGCAUCUUGUUCAUGGUGGCAUCUUCAUUGCACUUUUUCCCCUGUUGAUGAGUGCAUUUCACUCAUAACCACUCCCCACGGUAGUGCCACUCCCUUCAAUGGGUCAGACUCUUUAAGGGAGUGUUGAAUUGUCAAGAAUUUCUUCCCAAGUUGCCAAAUAAGCAAGCACUUUAACAUGUUCUAGCAUGACAGUGAGCAUGAGUUACACUUGGUACUUCUUGACAAUGUAUAGAUUGGUUGCUGAAGAUGGUUAUAUGUCUGUGUUUAAACAAUAAAGUUCACUAUGACUGCCUAA